UUUUAGGUCAUUAUAUUGAAUUAAAUGUAGUUGUCAUGGUACUUAUUGCUGUCAUACUAUCGAGAAGAAUCCUAUCUCGCUUAUUAUGAGUCAUAAGAUUCCUAUGGUUAGCACUUCGUCACAAACUCCUCUAUUGCGCCCCGCUGUUCAGCUACCUGUUGGCCAAGAUUCCAUUUCGUCUACUUCGUUGUUCUCUUAUUCGGCAUCAGAUUUUAUCUACGAUUUAAGGAAUCCGCUGUCAAGCGACAAGGAAGACCGUUCCAAAUUCGAAGAUUUACUUGUAUCCAGAUGGGAAGAUGCCAGGAAGCAUAAUCUACUGAACUACGAUCUAAACUGCAUGUACAAACUGCUGGAGGGCGAUUUCAAUUUAUCCGUACAACUAAAUAUUGAACGUGCAGAAAAGAGGCGUAAACCGAUGCAUUUCCGAGCAAUAAGUGAACCUUUUAAUAAUCUAAGAUGGAAUUUCACAAAGUUGAACGAGAACGAGAUAUUGUUCUAUCUGCAACGCAAGGACUAUUUACUAAGCAAUGAUACAUUGGAUUACCAUGUUGUUGCAGUUAAUGCUGCACCGCUCUCGAGAGGACAUUCCUUGCUGUUGCCAUGCAUGAAUCGCCGUACACCACAGGUCCUCUCCGAAGUAGCAGUUCGUUUGGCAACUGACACAAUGCUUUUAGUAAAGGACAAUUUCUUUCACGUGCUAUUCAACAGUCUCUUGGCGUUAGCUUCCAUUAAUCAUCUACAUCUUCAUCUUUUAACCUGGCCUUAUGAUUCUGACUUGAUCAAUCGUAGAUGUGAACAUCUGUUCGAUAAUGUAUACGUAAUCAAGCGCCCGAUAUGGUUUGCAUAUGCUUUUGUCUUCCAGCUAACCGGUCCAGAGCAAUAUGAAAAGUUUGUUACGAGUAUAGCACGUUGUGCAAAUUAUCUAAGCACUCAUGAAGUAGCGCAUAACAUAUUUUUCUCGCGUGCACAACCACUAAGAACGUCUGGUGCUAUUCGAUCGGAAGAUAAAACAAAUGUACUUCCACAACUUGUCACUGCAUAUAUUUUUCCGCGUAUUGCUGUUGUUGGAGCCAAACCGUCAAAAAAUUUCAGUCCAGCAUCAUUGGAACUCUCGGGAUGUUUGACUGCCUACACAUAUCAGUUUUUCGAAACAGUCACUGAAGAAGCAGCACUACGCAUAAUAGACGAACAUGCAACGUUAUCUGACGCACGGUUCAAUCAGAUUUGUUCCGAAUUGAUAGAAGUUUUGUCCGGGAAGAUGCUGGUCGAGCACAAUACUGUUGACAAAACCGAACCGCUAUCAUCGCCAGAACUAGACGAAUUGCAUGAUUCAUUCCAAACAUUCGAAAUGCAAUCGUCAAGGCGCCCCUCUGUAAACUAUCAACGAUUUACAUUUGAAGAAGACGGAAAACCAACAAAUGCCAAUCCAGAAACUUCUCUAUGACUGUUCUUCCCCAGCACUUCCUCACUGCGUUUUUUU